CCUCCCCGCUCCCCUCCCCUCCGCUUCUCUUCUCUCCUCCUUUCUGCUCACCCCGCUCGUCCCUCCUCCCUGCCGGUGCUGGCGGCGGCUCCUCCUCCGCGUGUGACCCGGUGCCGCAUGUGAGCGGGGAGGAGGAGGGACCGCGCGGCGCGGAUCCUACUGUGGCGGCGGCAGGAGCGGGAGCCAGCGUGCGGUGUCCCCCCGCCUCAUCGCUGGGCCCCGCCGGCGCUCCCCAUGCCCGUGUGGUGCUGCCGCUGUUCCCUGACCGGUCACUUCAGAACUUACAGCAGCACUGAAACCGAAGGACAGCUUUUGAAUUCCUUUGUUCAGUACUUUGGUGACAGUCUUGGGAGGAAGAUUAAAAGAAUGCCUUUAAUUGAAGAAACUGUUCUGCCUGGGGACUCCCUUCUUACCCUGCCUGUAGUAAUAAUAGGAAAUGGACCUUCAGGAAUUUGCCUUUCUUACCUGCUCUCUGGAUACAGGCCAUAUUUGUCUCCUGAAGCUAUACACCCAAACCCCAUUCUACAUACAAAAUUAGAAGAAGCUCGACAUCUUUCCAUUGUUGACCAAGAUCUGGAGUACCUGUCAGAAGGCCUGGAAGGACGCUCCUCAAACCCAGUUGCAGUGCUUUUUGAUACAUUGCUUCACCCUGAUGCUGACUUUGGCUAUGACUACCCACCUGUUCUGCACUGGAAGUUAGAACAGCAUAAUUAUAUUCCCCACAUAGUGCUUGGAAAAGGACCACCUGGCGGGGCUUGGCACUCCAUGGAGGGCUCUAUGCUAACCAUCAGUUUUGGAGACUGGAUGGAAUUGCCUGGCCUCAGCUUUAAGGAGUGGGCAGCUAGCAAACGCAGAAAUAUAAAGAGUGAUCGAGUAAUGCCAGAGGAAAUAGCUUGUUAUUAUAAACACUAUGUUAAAGUCAUGGGCCUCCAAAAGAAUUUCAGAGACAAUGUUUACAUAACAUCAGUGUCCAGGCUUUACCGAGAAAAGGAUGAUGAAGGCAGGAGUCACCAAAAUGAAGAUAUUUCAACACAGCAUUUGGAAAUGGAAGAUGGACAGAAAUCACUUAUUAAGAGAAACUGGGAAGUCAGAGGUUAUCAGCGAGCAACAGAUGGCUCUCAUGUGCCCUUCUGCCUCUUUGCUGAGAAUGUGGCUCUUGCAACUGGAACCUUUGAUUCUCCUGGCCGACUGCAAGUUGAAGGAGAAGACUUUCCUUUUGUCCUCCAUUCCAUGUCUGACUUUGGAGCCGCAAUCAGCAAAGGAAAGUUACGUGGGAAGGCAGACCCUGUGUUGAUUGUGGGUGCUGGACUAACAGCAGCUGAUGCAGUACUAUGUGCCUAUAACAACAACAUCCCAGUAGUCCAUGUGUUUCGUAGAAGAGUUACCGAUACAAGCCUAAUUUUCAAACAGUUACCUAAAAAGCUUUACCCUGAAUACCAUAAGGUCUAUCACAUGAUGUGUACUCAGUCUCAUACCGUGGACUCUAACCAACAUUCUGCUUACACUAGUUUCCCUGAACACAAUGUACUUUCCUUCAAGCCUGAGAUGAAGUGUGUUCUUCAGAGUGCCUCUGGACUGAAGAAAAUUUUGAAGUUUUCUGUAGCAUUAGUUCUGAUAGGUUCUCACCCAAAUCUUUUCUUUUUAAAGGACCAAGGACAUAGCAUAGGUCAUCACUCUAAUCAGCCCAUCACAUGCAAGGGGAAUCCUAUAGAGAUUGAUCCGUACACUUACGAAUGCACUAAAGAAGCCAACCUCUUUGCUUUAGGGCCUCUGGUGGGAGACAACUUUGUACGGUUUUUAAAGGGAGGUGCCCUGGGCAUUGCACGAUGCUUGGCAAUAAGGCAAAAGAAGAAACAUGAAUUGAUUGAAAGUGAGGAUGGAGGAGGUGAGGGGGUACCAUAAACGAGACAUUAGAAACUCUCACAUCCGGGAUUACAGAUGUAGUCUUGACAGAAAACUCACUGGCAGCAAAAGUUGAUAGCAGUCACAUUUCUGUUGUGUACAAGUAACCUGCGCUUGUAUUGCUUGGUAAAGGAUGCUGAUAUUACGAUACUUCACUCUUUAAAAAUACAAAAAAUUGAUCUGCUAUUUCAACUGAUCUCAACUGGAAUUGCUUCCAGAUAAACAGAAAAUGAGACUAACUUAUCUUGGCCUGCCUGUCUGUCAUCUCUUGCUCAACUAUAAGAGCAGACUUCGUCUGUGAAAGGCAAUGCCUACCAGAGUGGUUUCACGUUUUAGUGUCAAAUGUGACAUGAAUACUCUUACCAUGAAAUUGAAAUAACUUCUAAAAGCAGAAAGCUUAUUUUGUACAAAGGGAUUCUUUGUCCCAAAGCGAAUUUGGAGCCUUCUGCUUGAAACAAGGAUUUUAUUUAUUUGCCACAGUAAUACUUGGAAUGAGCACUUAGUAAAAUGGUUUCUGCUAUAAGAAGGACUUCUUAUAAGCAAGAAGUAUUCCUCAACAGUUUUAAAUUAUCCUGGUAAUUGGAAUAAAAGAAUAAGCAUUCCCAUUUAAUCUUUAAUGAUUUGACACAACACAAUCCAUUAAUGUUUCUUCACACUAUGCCUAGACUUGGGUGAGUGCCCAAAGACUAACAUGAGAUGUUCCCCUGCAGUGAUAUGUACAUUUCUGAGAAUUCGCAUUAACAUAAACAAUAAAGUACUGAUGUAAGUGCUCUUAUUACAGUGUCAAUAUCAUGAAUAUCUAGUGUACUACUGAAAAAUUAGGUACAUAAGAAAAUUAAGGGGGUUUUGCUUCCAAGCUCAGGAAGACUGAAUGGGAUCACUUGGCUGAUGAAGGUGGGUUGGGUGAUAGAUAUUCUCCCAUUUGACCAAAAAUUGGUUCUCUUUUUUUUCUACAGCAACACAUGAUAGUAAAAUAUUUUAACCUGCAGUUUUUGAAACUUGAGAAAGGCUUAUAUCUUACAGACAGCUAAAAAACAAACCAAUCUCAAAAAAACCAUGCAAUAGUACCUUUAAAUCUUAAAGCUUCUAAUGAAAGACAAAGACUUCACUUGUACCUACCUCUGAAUCCAAGUUUCAUCAUUCCACUCCAUAAUGUAAGACCUAGAUAUCAUUUGCUGGGUUUUACAGCAUUUAGUUCAACUAAACACACUUGUACUUUAUUUACCAUCAUGAGGUUAAGUUAGGAAAGUGAAUUCCCAGAACUCUCAAUAGACAAAAGUGAUUGGUCUUAACUGUUUCUUUACCAGUCUUUUCAUUUGGGUCCAAUAUGAUGGAAAAGGUGAAAUUUUUCUGUUUGGGUUUUUUUUGUGCUCAAGAAUGCUGUGUUAGUUUCAAGUAUUCUGUUUGUGUGAUUAAAAAUCUCCAUAUUGGACUUCAGCAGAUUUUAAAAAGGAAGUUAGGCUUUAUGAAACUGCUAGUGGUUGCUGGUUUCCCAUCUGCCUUAACUUUCAUAAAUGGUAGAUAGCUAUAUUCAAUAAAUGCCUGUUUUCUGUGCCUACUGAAUUACAGGGUUCUGUGGCUACUGCAGGUCUUUAUGCAUCUGAAUAAGUUACUCAGAAUUUGGACAUAGAAGUUGAAAAGGUAAAGGAUGCAAGGAUUAAAAUUACUAUUUUCAGUGGAAGUCCAAAAUAAUUUAUGAUAUUACGCUACUUCUAAUAAUAAAUCUUAGUCUAGAGCCACUUAAUAGCAUAAACACAAACAAAGGAGCAUUUCUAUCAAUUUCUGCAUUGCCCACAAGGUUGGCUUUAGCCAUGUAUUGUCAAUACUAGUUAAGGUACUUUUUUAUACUGAUAUUGAGCUGAUUUUAAUUCCACUAAAGUCUAAGCUUGUUUCUUUUCAUAUUUUAAUUGAUUCUACUGUGUAUAUAGAAACCAAUUCUAAGCCUGUGAUACCUAAUAAUUUUAACUGUUGUUAAGUGUUAAAUACUUGAUUAUAGAAUUUUAUUGCAGUUCAGUUAUUGGGAACACAUUUGCACUGUGAUUUAAUUUCCUGCAACUCUGUAUCGAUAUAAAUGUCCAAAUACAACACAUGGCAUGUUACUGCUUUUUCAUAAAAUCACAGGAGACAUUUAAAAUGCCAACAUAAAAGCAAUUUACUUCGCAGUUAUUUUGCAAAAGGGGGAAAAAACUUCAGCCCCUUUUCUAGCCUCAGCUGCUGCAGCGACUCACAAGCUCUCUGUAUUGUAGUGACAAUUUUGUAGCAGAGAUUUUUUACCUAUUCUUACUCAAGUAUCUUUCACUGCAAUCUUACAGCACCUUGAGGUUUAAUUGCUUUUUUUUUUCCCAUCAAUCUUGCCAUUAUUUUUGAGAUAAAAAGUUGCGUGUGAGACUCCCUAGCUGGGCAGAGAAAUCUCAGUGGUCAUGUUUAUUAAGCCAGUGUAAAAAUACUUUUUUCAACCAAAACUUUGCUGAAAGAUCACCUUGUGUCUUCUAGGAAUUGCUAAAUUUCAAGCUGUAGCUAGACUUUUUCAUUUUCACCUUUCUGAUUUCUCUCUUUCUGAGAGAAAUUUCUGUUUCUAUUAUGUUUAGUAUUUUGAGGAACUAGGUGAUAGGAAAGGUUGGGGUUUGCCUUAAGAUAGUUUUACCUACUGCAUUUAUUGUGAAUGAAACUUUUAAACAUUGUGUAUUUUAAAAGGGUACUUAGUACUUAAGAUUUAUCACAAAAAUGCAGACAGGAAGAACAUAAUUUUUUAGCUGAAGUAAGUUAAUUUGGAUUUACAGAUUUUUUAAAGCUGUGUUAACCCAUACUGUGUAUUUUCUAAUAGGCUAGUGGAAAACCAGCUUUUACACUUGGGUUUGGUUCUUAAUGCUGUGAAUGUGUCUUGUUAAAUUAUUGCUAGGAGUAUUCCAAGGAGUGCCCAGAUGCUGAACUGGGAGUAAGAUUUUUCCUACUAGAUUUUCCUAACAAUCUCUUUCCAGUACCUCUUCUGACUGAAUUGUACUUACAACUGUUUCCACAAAGGAGUAAGCCUGUUUCACCCAAGUAAGUAAACACAGGGAUUCUUUCUGCAAGUAAUCCAGAGAGAGUGGUGACAACACCACCGAAUUCUCUCUCUCAGGAAAGUGCUUUGUCUUGGACUAGAAGCCUGAGCUUGCCAGUGACUGCAUGAAAAGAGUAUGGCUCCCAGGAACAGUGGUUAUGCACUGAGAAAGGGACAACAAAGUGUAUCCCACAGCUCCAGGUCCCUCCUCCUUGUCAUAGGGAAUUCGUGUAUUUUACUUCCAGCCUAGUGGAUGUAGGCAACUUCUUUUUAGUAAUUUCAUAGAGGGAUGUUUGCAUAAUGAAAAAUAUUCAUUUUGUAGAAGGAGGUGGCUAUAUCUUUCUUUCUCUCACAGCACAAGAACUGAGAAGAAGGCUAGUGCCAGAAGUCCAGGGUAUUUACUCAAAGCUGGAGGAAAUCAAACUAAAACCUCAACUUUGAGACAGGCCUGACCUGCAUAGCCAGUUGAAAGGCCAUUUUUAGGCCAAAUGCUCUUAAGAGAAUGAAAGGGAGUAAAAUUUGCAAACUUGCAGUGAGUCUUCACAGCUGACAAGUGAUGGCCAGUGAGGGAUGAUGGGAGGAAAGCUGUGAAGAACGUGUGCAGUAUAAAGUGCAGAUGUACAGGUGCUGAAGUGCCAAUGGACUGGGGGUGUCUCAUCCUCCUGGGGGGAGAUGUGGGGCUGUGACAAGAGCUCUGCACAGGAGCUGUUCAUCCAACACCCAGCCUGGGAUUUGUAUCAUGUGAGAAAUUGUCUUUGCUGACGAAGCUGUAGGACCGGAUCAGCGAUGUGGAGUGCCAAGAGAUAAGGUUUUGUUAGUCUGCUACCAUAUUUUGUACUUCUGAGAAGCAAGGAAGUAUCUUCUUGUAAUAACAGGAUCUUGACAGUGCUCCCACACCUUUCUAAACAGGAAGAGGUAGCACACAUUUGCUUUAAAGGCAGCUGAUUUUAUUACUGUACAUAUAGUAAUGAUUUAAUUUUGAGUAAUGGAAUCAAAAAUGCCAAAAGGUUUAUACUGUUACAUCUUAAUUUAGAUGAUCCAUUAGAACCUUACAAUAACAAUGUUCUGUCCUAAUUUUUGGGUUCUUACUUUAGAGUGAGAGCAAGAGAGGAGCAUUCAAUAGAUGUGAGAGCUUGUUGUAUAAAUAUUUUCCGCAUUUCUCCUUGCCCAACCUGAAAGAAAAGUCUUGUUUGAAAUAACUAUAAGAAUUGAUUUUACUUAGCAGAAAGAAUGGAAAUUGAAGCAUCUUUGACAGAAAAAGAAAGGAUUUGGUGACAUUAGGGGUACAAACCUGAAGUGAGGAAUUAUAAACAGCUCUUUUUCUGAAACAGUAUUUUUGGGAAUGUAGUACACUGGGAGUUUCAGUUUAAUUUAAUUUUGAAGCUUGAAUUGCAUAAAGAAUUAUGUGGUCAAGGAUGAAUUUGGUGUAAAGAGCGAGGAUUAUAGGCAAGGGGGAAAGCAUUUCUAGUGUUAUUUAGUAGCUAUGGCGAAUCUAAGUGAUGUUUUAAAGAUGGUUUUGUCUACAGAAAGUGGAACAUUUCAGGUCAAGCAUACCUUGAACGAGUUCAUAUUAUAUCUUUCUGCAUGUUAGGUAAUUUUCUAACUGAUAAUUUUGUACUUUUGGGGCAUCAUAAACCAACUCUUAAAACCUAGGUGUAAUCAGAUGUCAUCAAAACCAGGAAACAACUUGUUCUGAAGACUAAGUAACUCUAAUUUGCACCUUCCUUCUCCAUCUCUAUUCUGAGAUCACUGGCAAUAUGUACCAGCCUACAGUGGAUGCUUCAAUAAACUGUCCCUAGACACCCUCUGUAGACUUACAUGCCAGCAUAAAGAAAAUUAACAAUUAGGUUUGCUAUGUAUUCACAGAAUAUUAUAGAAUCCUGGCAUUUUUUAGGUUGUCCUUUAACUAGAUAUAUGAAUAUUUUUCAUUGGUUUGGAUGCUAGGACCAGCUGCUAUAUGAACAGUGAGCUAUUGUUUGAGAACUGAUCCUGCUACCUUACAUCUCCCUGGCACAAUUUACUGAGUCAAUACUCUGACCUUGCCCAUUUCUGUUAGACCUGCUACGCUGGUUGUGUGCUGGAAUUUCAGUCUGAAAUUACAUAAAGGACUGUAUUCACCUACCAAUGUUUGCUCACACACAAUGCCCCUGGAAUGGAGAUAUGUGUAAAUAUAAUUUCUUUGUGUGUGGCAGUGCCAGUUCUCAUUUUUUGCUGGAGUAUGCUUGCAUCAUUUUUUUUUAAGAUGAGCAAUGUAAACACAUACAGAACAUUUUCUGUAAGCAACUUGUGAGCAAAACCUCUUUUGAUUAGAUGAUAAAUAUUCCUGUGGUUUGCAUUCUAGGCUUGUUUUAUCUUAAUGUGUGAAAACUGAUUACAGACUGAAGGCAAAAAAAUUAAAAUAGUGUCACCUAGAAGUCAGUUAUUUUGAUUUUGAGAAGUAGGGAACUCAAGUCAAAUGAAAGAUCAAACUGCAGAGGAAAAGGCAUUCAGAGAGCUGCAGUGUUCUGAAUGAGGGAGAAGAUGUUUUGCAUGGAUCUGGUACUGAAACCAAUGACUGACAGAUUCCAGUAGUAAAAGCUGCAGCAGAGCAGAACAGGCAGAGCGAGCGCUAAAGCAAGUGGUAGAGAGAGUUGCUAGUCAGGGAUAUCUGAUUUUGUGUAGCAUUCUUGUAACUAUCUCACUGGAAUGUGGUGAUGGCAAAUCAGAGAUGGCAAGAGGAAGAGGGGGGAAUAAUGGUAAGGAAGAGGGAUCAUUUUUUGGCACAUUUGGCUUCAAUUCUAAUGAGAUACCAGAACAAACUGAACACAAUUGGAAUUUGAAAAUCAAGCAAAACUGUUUGGGAAUUUGUGACUCAAACCAGAUGUGGCCAAAUGCAACUGAGGAUUGAUUCAAGAAAGGGAAAAGAACAAGAGAAGAGGGUGCAAGACUCCCUCCAGUUUUAUGGGAGAGGGAAACAGGAAAAACAUGGACUGAGAAAUCAUUUGUAUAAGAUGGACUGGAGCAAGAUGGGGAGUGGAUUAGAGGUAGGUCUACAGUAGAAGCUUCAGCUACUGUCUCAGUUAGGAUUUAAUGUGGAAUAGAGCCUAUCAUAUCAGGAAUGAAGGCAAGGAAGGGACUUGGCAUUUCAGAGGCAGGUGAUGGGGAGGUGGCUGGAUGGAGGAACUCAAGCUGACUGCAAAUACAGUUUCCACAUAUAGGAACUGCUGUAAUGACAAAGGAGAGGGCAGCCAUGACGCACAACCGCCACCAUUCUGGGAGAAGAUGGGGGAGUUAAGGGUAGGAGAAAAAAGGACAGACUCAUAGAUGUGAAUGGACAGAAAUAGAAAUCACACUUCUACAGUGUGAAUAUCGUGGUAGUCUUCAAAAAAACCCAAACCUGUAGCUUCCCCAGCUGAUGUAGAAAGUGAGAAGUCAGCUGAAAUUGGUGUGAGUUAAACUGAAAACGAAACACGUUUUUAUGCAGGGCUACAGCACCUUUCCACAGUUUUAUUAGUACCUAGAGUGAUUCAAACUGCUUUGAACUGUUUUUAUCAGCUAAACUGCUGAAUGCAAGACUGUAUGUUAAGAGCCUUGCUAAUAAAAAGUUUAUUUACUUUA